AUGACUUACAUUUUCAUCACUAUUGAUCUUGUAACAAAUGGGCAACAAAUAGUUGCCUUAAUCUUAGUACAUUUCGCUUUUGCGAAUACUACAGUUGAUACUUCUGGUACUAGUUUUGCUAAACCACUUUAUAUAGUUCAAUUGCUCCUAGUAUUCUUAUCAACAUCAUUAAAAUUUCAUCAUUCUAGUUUUGGUUAUUGGAUUACUUUAACAUCCCCAAUUAUUUUAGUUCCCGCCUUUGUAUUCUCUGCACGUUUAGCAAUGCUUCGUUUUUUAUCUAAUGAAAACAAACUUCUUAUUCCCUUGGUUUCAAAUUAUCCAGAAUUCACAAUAUUUAUCAUAUCUUUAACUUUAUUUUCUAAUUUAAGUAAACGAGAAAAGAUGUUUAUAUUUGAUUGGACUCCUUCUAAAAUAAUCCGAAUAUCAAAUCAAAACUCGGUUGGAAAUACAAAUAAUCGUAUAACAUGCGACCCUGAUGAUAAAGAUGAAAAUUUAAAAGAAAUUAUCGAAUUACGAGAAGCUAUUCUACAAAUAAUCAAUAAUCGAUUUUAUUAA